AUGAUUCAUGGUGUUAACUAUCAGCAAUUAAAUUAUGAUUAAAGGUUUAAAUAGUAGCGAAUCAUUCAUUAGAACUAAUUUUAUUAUGGAAAUUUUUUGUUUUAAAACUCUGAUCCUACAUCAUCUAGCAUAAACCAAUUUGCAAUCUCAGGAUGGUUUUUUAUAAGAUAUGUUGGUAUUGAUUAUUAUAAUUUUUUUAAAUUUAUAUUGAAAGGACAAUAAAUAUUGAGUGUAUCUUAUAAUUUAGACAAUAAAAAUGUUAGAUAAACUCUUCUCUCAUAUAAUUAAGACUAAACAAUUAAUACAAUUACUUACAAUAGUUGGUAUUUGAUUAAAUCAUAAAUUAUUGUAUAGAAUAAUUAAGUUAUUGCAUAAACAUCUGUUCACAGCUACGGAAGUUUAUUUCUGGCUAAUAUAGCUCCGACAACACAAAAUUUUAAUUAAAUUUUUUCAAAAGCAGAUGUAACUCUAUAGAUUGGAAAUUCAUCUGAAUAACCAGGAACAUAGGAAUCUUGCGCUUAUUCGAAAAAUGUUUACAUCUACUGGGAUGAAAAAAUUGAUGAUAGUAAGACUUAAAAUUAUGUAGAUGAUUUCACAGCACUAGAAACCUAACUCGUAUGGAAUUUUGACUUCUUUUAUACAAAGGCUAAUCCAAAAUCUUAUGUUAAUACAGCAAAGUCAACAAAAAUAUAUUCAACUAAUUAUGAUUUAGGAGAAUCUUAAAUCCUUCUUGUAAAAUCAAACACAGAAUUCAAAACAGACUAUGUUAAUCCACUUGAUUUCGGAGGAUUAGUCAUUACUUUCCACUUUAAAAUACCUUCUCUCUCUAUCUAAAACUUAAAAUUAUUUUAAAUUCUAAAUCAACAGGUUUAAAUUUCUAUUUCUAUAGAUUCAUCUUAAAAUAUUUUUUUAAAUGCACAAUAAAUUUAAGCAAUUCCUUUGAAUUAAUGGAAUUAAGUUACUCUUAUUAUUAAGACUCUAAUACUUAACGAAGCUUUCUUAAUAGUAAAUACAUUUGAAAAUUUGAUAUAAAAAGUAACUUUAAGUGAACAGUUUCUACUAGGUUAACUUUAAUUUGGAGAUGCGUCAAAUACAUAAGACAUUUAAUUCAGUCAUAUCAGAUAUUACAAAGGAACUUUUCUUACUUCUAAUAAAGGAAAUUGUUUAUUGUAAGAUUCUAGAAACACUGUUUCUUGCAUUAUAUGUCAAUCUGGUUUCUUUAUCAACUACCAAAGUAAUUUAACUUGCUCAUCUUAAGCACUGCCAAGCAUUAAUGUCGAUAAAGAUAAUAUAAUUGAUUGGAAUAAAAAUUUUCAAAAUUGCCCUCAAGGUAUGGUGUAUGAUCAGACUACAUUUUAAUGCAGCUGUUUAAAUUAAUUUUACAUGAAAAACGAUAAUACAUGCUCAAAAUGCCCAAGUUAUUGUAAUGGGUGUACAAACUAAUCUACUUGCAUAAACUAAGAUCCAUAAAGAUUAGCAAAUGGGAUAUGCCAGUAAGGUUAUUUUGACGAUGGAUAUUCUUGUAUUAAUCAAAAGCUAACUAUUUUCAGCUUAACAAAUAAUAUAGUGAAAAUAUUCACAACACCUAAUUUAAAGCCUAUUUGUUCACAGACUAUAAGUCCCAUAGACUAUACAUUAACAGAGAGUGUUCUUAAUUUAUCUAAUCAAAAUUUUUAUUCAUUCUUAUUUAGUUUUUCUUAUUAUUUUUAAGAUUUGAAUGAUAACUAUUCCUUCGCUGUUUUUUCAGAUGGAGCUAAUGAAAUUUUUACUUUUUCUUUUAGCUAAACUCCAGACUAUAAAUUAAUAAAUUUUGAAGUUUAAGGAUAAAUAGUAUAUAAAACUGCUAUCCUAGAAACCUAAGUAGUUUGGAUUGCCUUUUGGACAAACUUAAAAUCAAUAACUUUAUUAAUAUAGUCACAUUCACAAUUUUUUCAUACUUCAGUUAAUACCAACCUUAAUAUGAUAUUAAAUAAUCCUUAGUUUUGUGUUGGACCUUGUAAAUCUAAAUAUCAUCCAGCUGGGUAUUUGUGUGGGGAUCUUGAACAUAGACCUUUAAUAUUCAUUUAAAAUAUAACAAACCCGAUAAAUGAUUUAACAACUUUACAAAUGUUUCUGUCUAAUCCUACAGUAAAUGUUGCCCUAUUUAAGAUCAGCUUAUUCUCUGAUUUAACACAAAUUUUCAAAAAUCAAUUACCAUCAAAUCCAUCUUUAGUUUUAGAUUUUUAAAACACUCCUGUAGAGAUACAUAGAUUGAAAGGUUUUGGUUUUACUAGAUAAGUCAAUGCAGUAGUUUAGAAUAUAAAUAUUUCAGGUUAUUAUUGGAUUUCAUUUUAUUGCUCUAUACUACCUGUCACUAUUAAUUCUUAAGUUUCCCUUUUAUCUUAUCCUUUAAAUGGAGGAAAUGUUGAAUAUUUUCUUGUUCCUCAUGGACAAAAAAUAUUGAUAAGAAUUUGCUAUAUAACUUAAUGCAUCGAUUCUAAAUAUUCGAUGUUAAAUUUGUAAGAAAGUAAUAAUUUAUUUAUUUUAAUGAGACACCAAAGUCCUUUCUCUGGUGGUAUACACUUUAUUGAAUUCGAUGUAAUAUGCAAUUAUCUUAGAGAAUAAAUUUAAUUUUUAAGUGUUUCAUUUACUUAAAAUAUUCCAACGAUCAGCAUUAAUAUAGGCCUUCAAACAUAGAACACAGAAGAUUUUCUAUUUUAUUUAAAUCUAAUUAAUAUAGAUAAAGGUGAUGGUUAAUAUUACUUUGAUUACAAUCCUAGUUAAAAUUGCUUUAUUUUUUAGCAAAUAGACUAAAUGAAUUGCAUUUAUUACAAAAAUAAUUUACUUAUCUACAAAAAUAAUAUCACAGUUUAAGAAUGUUAAAGCUACAAUGAUAAUCAACUGAUUUUUUUUAUUCCAAAUCUCCAAACUAGAGAAUAAAUAAUACUGAUCUAUUAAAUAAAUGUUCUUGUAUUGAAGGAUAUUACUUAGAUAGUUAUACAUAGCUCUGCCUUAAGUGUAAUCCCAUUUGCCAAUCAUGCUAGGGCAAUUAAAGUAAUUGUACAAAAUGCAAAUAUUCAAAUUAGAUAACACCUUCUUGUGACUGUCUUGAACCAAAUUAUUUUUUAGAUCAAAAUCUAUCAUGCUAAAAAUGCUCAUAGUAAUGUGAAUCAUGUGCAUAUACUAAAGAUUCUUGCUUAAAAUGCUCAGUUAAUAGAAUAAAUCCCCCUUAAUGCUAUUGUGAUAACACGAACUAUAUUGAAAUUAAUGGUGUUUGUAUGA